AUGGAGAGGAAAAUAACCAAUGUCUCCUUUCCCAUUUUCACAGUGCUUAUUGCACUUCUUUCUCAACACCUUGUGAUUCCUGUAAUCUCCUCCACUCUUGUAGAUCAGAAGAACUACUACAUUCCAGAUCCACGUUUAAGAAACCCUCCUACAAGUUUCUCUGAUUCUCUAUGUCCACACAGCAGUAGUUCUCCUCCUUCUCAUAGCUCAUCACCUUCACAUGGAAGCUCACCAUCUUCACAUGGAAGCUCCUCUUCACCACCUUCACAUGGAGGUUAUUAUACUCCAACUCCACCUUCAGUUGGCUGCAUAUCAUCACCACCACAUGAUCCUUCAACGCCCUCAUACAACCCAACACCUUCAACACCAUCAAACCCUCCAUCAAGUGGUGGAUACUAUAACUCACCACCCUCAACUCCAGUUGAUCCACCAAUCACUUUGACACCACCAUCUCCAUCCACACCAAUUGACCCCGGCACUCCAACUCUCCCAUCACCUCCUUUCCUUCCUUCCCCAUCUCCCUUAACUGGCACAUGCAACUUCUGGAGGAACCAUCCAGCAAUAAUAUGGGGAGUUCUAGGUUGGUGGGGAACAUUAGGAAAUGCAUUUGGUGUGACAAGUGUUCCUGGGUUUAGUCCUGGUUUAACCUUACCACAAGCACUUUCCAACCCAAGAACUGAUGGGUUAGGAGCACUCUACAGAGAAGGAACUGCUUCAUUUCUCAACUCUUUGGUCAACCACAAGUUCCCUUACACAACUGAUCAAGUUAGGGACAGAUUUUCUGCCUCACUUCACUCCAACAAAGCUGCUGCAACUCAAGCUCAUAUUUUCAAGAUGGCAAAUGAAGGAAAAAUGAAGCCUAGAUCACCAUGA